AUGAAGACAAAGGCAAAGUCGGGUCGCUCGAACAAACGAACAGCGGAGAGGGCGAGGCUGGCUACAGACGAAGACAGAGCGACUAAGAAAACCAAGCGAGGAACCUCUGCGACAGAUCCACCACAAAGCGAAUCACCACAAAGCGAACCACCACAAAGCGAACCACCACAGCCCGCACUCGUCAAUUGGGGACACGGUCACACGGUUUCACAGCUGAAAGCCGAGCUGAAGCGAAGAGGAAAGUCCGGAUAUUCCGACCUGCGGAAAGAUGGUUUGAUUGACCUACUUAUGAAAGAAGAGCAGCCGAGGAGGAAACGUCGAAAGCCCAGAAAUUCUACGCCAGAGACCCAAGCGCAGAUCAUAGCAGACGACCCGGAUGAGCAGCAAGAUUUGACUAGCUUGGAUUUUGAAGGUCUACGCGACGUGCUACGUCGGCAUGGCGUAGUUGACGAUGACCCUCUAUACUUAUACUCGGAUAGAGAGUCUCUCAUGGGCCUGUGUCAUUGCCACAUCAUGGAUGCAGAGUAUCGUAACAGCAGAGAUACCGUCAUGUACACUAAAUGGCCCACCUUGUAUCUUUUGGCAGAGUUGGAGAGUCGACAGUUUACAUCCGGGUUCAGCCACGAGGAUCGGCUGGACGUCAUUUCUUGCUUGAGAAAGCACGAUCAGUGGCUCAUCGAGGCCACGGAUGUCCCGACAGUUGAGCGCUGA